CUUGCAGAGGGUCCUUUAGUGUGACUGCCCUUGGUAAUAUCAAUGGACGAGUGUGAGGGUUGAAGGAACCGAGUAAGAAACUAGGGAGCCAAAUGUGAGAACUGUGGGAAUUCAUAUACUAAUCGGUCCAUGACAGCCCAAAGGUGUUUGACUGGCAGGUCACGCUUCCAAUUUCGUUCAAGGUAAAAGAGAUCCUGCCGUCUGGCAGCUUCCUUCCUAUAUCACGUAGCCACCCCGUUCGGAAUACGUUCACAAGAAUUCUCACUUCCAUCAAGUCCUCCGUUAUGCGUUUCUUCACCCUAGCCGCGAGCUUGAUCUCCCUCACGCUCGCUCAGCACUACCAUCACCCCUCCAUCACAUGCUCGCCCAGCCCUACAACACCUUCUAUUGAGCCCCCGCGCUAUACCAUUCCCUGUACAAUGAGCGACGAUUCGCCUUGUCCCUCAGGCUGGUUCUGCACGCCUACUACGAUUCCGCCGACUGCGACCACUGACCCGUGGGGAGGAGUCUGCAAAGACAAUCCAACGCCGCCUCCAGUCACGCCAUGUGUGAUGGGCAAUGAUACCCCCUGCCUCCCCUCUUCCCGCUGUACGCCCACCACCAUCCCGCCCGCUAAUCCCACUGAUCCAUGGGGCGGGCAAUGUAUUGCCGGGCCGCCAACGUCAACGUCUGAGUGGGAUACGGAGUACACACAGACAUUCACGCCUAUUACGCCGUCGGUGUACACGCCGUAUACGUCGCCGGUCAAGUCGUAUGAUUCGCCUGUGCCUACGUGGACAGGGAGGCCAUGUCGGUUUGAGUGGCAGUGUCGGAGGGGACGAGGGGAGAAAUGCGUGAGAGGGAGGUGUGUGCUUUGGUAGUCUGGACUGAUGGAGAUGAAUGUUCGGGUCGGGGUGAGUGAUACUAUAGGUAGACGACAAAGCAUCAGUUAGUCAAGAGCAC